UAUGAGCCUUGUAACAAAUUCUACUCAUGAGAUCCCUUUACAUGCACUUAGCGUACUCAUAUAUCUAAUAAUAAUUCAAGUAUUCUCUGUUAUGAAUAAACCAUUAAAUCCUUUUCAUUAACUCGUUUCUCUUAGUUAAGUCACAAAUGAGUUAAGUUUCGUCUACUAUUAGGUUUAGAUAAUUAUUAAGGUUGGUAAGAUAGUUUUCAGGUAAAUGUGAUGUAGUCAUUUAAUUUUAAUCUUGAUGUAAUUAUGAAUCGAGAUCCUUUUUUGCUUUUAAUUAUCCACAG